AUGGUUCUUCACGAGUAUACUUAUAUCUUUGCCAUUGGCACAUUCUUCGCGCUGCUUGAAGCAUACAACAAUGGUGCCAACGAUGUCGCAAACGCUUGGGCAACCAGUGUUUCUUCUCGCUCAGUCACUUACCGUCAGGCUAUGAUACUUUGUCUGAUAUUCGAGAUGACCGGUGCUCUGGCUGUCGGUGCCAGAACUGCUUCCACAAUCAAGAACGGUAUCAUUCCCAUCUCCGCCUUCAAUGGCAAUGCCCCUGUACAACUUCUCGCAUUCACUUGCGCCGCCGCUGGUGCAGCUAUCUGGGUCAUGUGGUGCACGCGACACAACGCCCACGUUUCUUCCACAUACUCGCUCGUGUCAUCCAUCGCUGGUGUCGGUGUCGCUACUGUCGGUGUAAAGGGUGUUCAAUGGGGAUGGAACGGCGGCUCCGGUCUUGGUGCCAUCUUCGCCGGUCUCGUCAUGGCCCCCUUCAUCUCUGCCGUCUUUGGUGCCACCAUCUUCAUGCUUGUCAAGAGUACCGUUCACAUGAGAAGCAACCCUGUACCUUGGGCUGUUUACACCUCUCCCUUCUUCUUCCUGAUUGCCGGCACUGUCUGCACCUUGUCCAUCGUCUACAAGGGUUCGCCUAAGCUCGGUUUGACCAAGAAGCCUGGAUACUGGAUUGCUGGUGUUACCGUUGGUUCCGGUGUCGCUCUGGCUGUUCUUGCAGCCCUCUUUUUCGUCCCGUACGUUAACCAGCGUGUGAUUCGCAAGGACUAUACCUUGAAGUGGUACCACGUUUUCCUCGGACCUCUCCUCUUCUCCCGCCAAGCUCCUUCCGAUGCCGAGUUUGCUCAUGUCCCCAACUACGCUGUCAUGGACCACGAUGACCACACCGAUGUCAAGGCCAAGUCCUCCGCUCCUCCCAGUAUUGAGAUGACCGGCAAGGGCGGUGACUCUGAGGUCGUCACUGGUGAGCUUCGUCGUAGAUCUAUCCAUCGCAGGAACAGCAUCACCAACGAGAAUCCCAGAGAAGCCUAUGCUCGUAUGCUCAAGGAAGCUCGUGAAAAGCACCAUGCCGACCUUCGUCAAGAACGCGGUCCUCUCGGUUGGGCUAUGCGCACCAUCCACGAGAACCAGCUCGGUGCCGGUUCCAUUUACGAAAUCCACAACAUGAAGGCUGUUCUCAAGUGUAUCCCUGCUGGCAUUGUUGUCGCAUUGAUGUACGGUAUCUACUACGAUAUCCACAAGGCUCAAGUCGGUAUUCUUGGAACUCCUGAAGGAAGACGUAUGGCUCGUGUGUACGCCCACGCUCCCCGCUACGCUAACGAGGUUGAGUACCUUUACUCCUUCGUUCAAGUUAUCACUGCCUGCACUGCUUCAUUCGCUCAUGGUGCCAACGAUGUCGGUAACGCUGUCGGUGUUUGGGCUGCCAUGUACGCUGCCUGGUCCACCGGUAACGCUGCCAAAGCCAAGGAGCCUGUUCCUCUUUGGCAAAUCGCUGUCAUUGCGCUGACCAUUUGUAUUGGUUUCAUCACCUAUGGUUACAACAUUAUGAAGGUCAUGGGAAACAAGAUUACCUACCACUCACCUUCUCGUGGAUCUUCCAUGGAGAUGGGUGCCGCAAUUACCAUCUUGAUCUUCUCACAGUACAAGCUACCAGUCUCGACAUCCAUGUGCAUCACUGGAGCUACGGUCGGAGUCGGGCUUUGCAACGGAAGCUUCAAGGCAGUCAACUGGCAACGUGUGGGUCUUCUGUUCAUCUCAUGGGUAGCCACAAUUCCCAUCGCUGCAUUGAUCGGUGGUGGUAUCAUGGCCUUGACGCUCAAUACUCCCAGUUUCUAA